UUCCGCUUCCCUCUCGUUCUUCGUCUCCACGACCGCAGGUGAGCCAACCCACCGCUGUGUCUUCACUCAAAUCUCUCUCUCUCUCUCUCUCGGAGUUUUCAAGCUUAAUCUUCUUAACAUUCCGAGGCCGAUCAAGAGGAUUCUGUAUGGUUGCAGCCGUCUGAGGACCCGGCAGAAUCUAGCAAGAUGAGUGAACAAAAUGUUGAUUGUGUACCUCUUAAAACAUCAGAACCAGAGAAUAAUGUGGAGAAUCCUGAUGGUCUGCACCAUGAUGUAAGCAACAAUGGUGUUUCCACUGUGAAUGGAGUUUAUAAGACACGUAAGGGCAAGGCGAUAUCCAUACAUCACGCUAGCGAAGUAGAACCAAACGCAUUUGCUGAGUCUGGAUCCAAGAGUUUUUCCACUAAAAACUCAGGAUCACGUCCUGAAAUUGUCCUGGGCCUUCCUAGCUGUAAACAAUUUGAAACACAGCAUACCAGAAUGUUUAGGAACAUGCGAUUCGAAAAGAAAAGUCAUGCACAGAGAUCUUCUAUGCGAUGCGGGAGUGUUGUGAAAUCUGGAUCACAGGAGAAGGGUAAAGAAGCUGUUUAUUCGGCUGUGGAUGAGAAAAGGAAAAGGAAUAUGAGGAGUAAGAAAGGGAAAGGAAAAGAAGAUGAUGAGUAUACAAGAAUCAGAAGGAAAUUGAGAUACUUAUUAAACCGGAUAAACUAUGAGCAAAGCCUAAUCGAUGCAUAUUCUUCAGAGGGCUGGAAAGGUUUAAGCCUGGAAAAGCUAAGACCAGAGAAGGAGCUUGAACGAGCCACAAAGGAAAUUUUGCGCUGCAAACUUAGAAUAAGAGAACUUUUUCACCAUCUUGGCUCGCUUGCUGCUGAAGGAAAACUUCCAGAGUCUUUAUUUGACUCUGAAGGAGAGAUUGACAGUGAGGAUAUAUUCUGUGCAAAAUGUGGUUCGAAAGAUUUGUCUCGUGCUAAUGAUAUCAUACUCUGUGACGGUGUUUGUGACCGAGGAUUCCAUCAAUUCUGUCUCGAACCACCCUUGCGGAAAGAAGAUAUUCCUCCAGGUGAUGAGGGUUGGUUGUGUCCCGGGUGCGAUUGUAAAGUUGACUGCAUUGACUUGCUAAAUGAAUUGCUCGGGACAGAACAUUCGAUCAAUGACUCUUGGAAGAAAAUAUUUCCCGAGACAGCUGCUGGUGGUGAUCAAAAUCUGAACUUAGGUCUUCCUUCAGAUGAUUCGGAUGACGAUGAUUACGCUCCAGAUGGUCUUGAUGAUGAUGAAAAGGGCGACGACGAUGAUGAUCAUCAUCAUAGUGAUGACAACAAGGAGGCUGAGAGUGAAGAAAGUUCUGAUGAUUCUGAAUUCACAUCUGCAUCUGAUGAAAUGGUUGGUGCAUCUGAAGGUGUUCAGGACAGAAAUCUUUCAACUGAUGACUCUGAGGAUGAAAACUAUGAUCCUGAUGCCCUUAACCGUGAUCCUGAGGAUGAAAAUGAAGAAAGUUCGAGUUCAGACUUCACAUCAGAUUCUGAGGAUCUUGGUGCUCUCCUCACAGGCGAUGGAUCUUGUCAAGAGGAUGAGGUUACAGCUUCUGGGGAACCUAGCAGAGAGAAUUCUCAGCUCCAUGGGAAUAAGGAACAAUCUGUUCAGGUUUCAGAGUCAGACUCUGGCAACGAGGCUGUCAGAGAUGUUCCCCGGAGAAGGAGCACUGAAAGGCUUGACUACAAAAAGUUGUAUGAUGAGGCGUAUGGGCAUGUUCCAUCCUCGUCAAGUGAUGAUGAAGAUUGGGGUAACACAGCAAGAACUACAGACCACGAUUCUGAUUCAGAAGAUGAAACCACCAACUGGAAUGAAGAGGACAACGGGUCUUUGAAACAGUCUUCUCAUGCAAAUCAUACCAGGAAACGAGAACAGAAGUCAAAAAGUGUGAAAAAGAGCGAAACUCAGAUUACAGCAGAAGAAGUUGCUAAUGAAAAUGGCUCUCUUGGCGAAGAAAGCAAGUCUUCAUCGGAUCGAAAACUCAGAACUCUGAGGUUGUCAAAAGCCUUUCAAGAAAAUAGAUAUCCUGAUGUUGCCACAAAAGAGAACCUAGCCCGGGAGCUAGGGAUGACGGUUACACAGGUUAAUAAUUGGUUUAGGAACAGGCGUUCUUCAACGAGCACAGCUUUAAUCAAAAUGGUUUCAAAAGAGGACGUUGUGAAGUUAAGUACAAGUAAAGAAGCUCCGGGUGAGACAUCGUUUACCAGAUUUAGCCAACAUGCAAGCGGAACCAAGUCUGGAGAUGGCAAGAAGGCUCCGAGAUCACGGAAAAGAAGAAGGAAAGCUUGAGAAGGGAUGUCUUGGAAGAGCUCCUCCAAGGGACGAAAGCUGUUGCUUUCACGACAAGAAAGGUACAAGCUCGGAACAUCAGGAUCUACAUAGGUUUUUGUCUGAUGGAAUCAUUGUUUCUUAUGAGUUGGAAAAUUUUGGAUCGUAUCCAGGAUCCAGAAAGGUUGAUGGGGCAUUCUCAUGUUCAGGUCUUUGUCUGGUUACUUGCAUUGCAAGGUUUUGUAACUCCAGGACUUUAUCACACCUGUCUUUUAAGGCUAUUAUUUUCAUCUA